AUCCGAGCUGGCCUUCUGACAAAGACACACUGCACACACUCUCAAAUUUACAAGAUUUGACUCUGAGAGGGCUCGCGCUCAACUGUGAGAGGAGUUAAACCCCCCCCACAGCAGGUGAUCCUUUGCGCUCGAGCUGACGCCGGAGAUCUGCGCGUGGACAAUGCUCACAAUUAGAGUUGGAGUGCGUCUGUUCUCAUCAACGAGUGGAUUGUAGCGGAGCAGUCCUGUGCAGCAUCACGCAGCGUGGUUUUUUUCUCUCUCUUUAAUUCUGCGGAGGAGCGCAGCGCUGCGGGGUGGACCUUCUGUUGUUCGCUGAAAGCUCUUCAACUCUGUGUUUUUGUCUCGCCAAAGUUCAAAAAAAGUGAAGCGAAACGAGCAGGACGGGGCGUAAAUGUUCGGGAUCCAGGAGCAUCUGAUACGAGAAGUGAGCGGAUUAAAGGAGAGAAGUCUUGGAGAGGAGAUGGAUCCGGUCCGGUCCUGGGUGCGUAAUGUCGGCGUGGUGGAUGCGAACGUAGCGGCGCAAAGUGGAGUCGCUCUGUCCAGAGCUCACUUUGAGAAGCAGCCACCCUCAAACCUCCGCAAGUCCAACUUCUUCCACUUUGUGCUGGCUCUUUAUGACCGCCACGGGCAGCCCGUGGAGGUGGAGAGGACGGCGUUUGUCGACUUUGUGGAGCACGACAAGGAGCAGACGGGAGAAAAGACCAACAACGGCACGCACUACAAGCUGCAGCUGCUCUACAGCAACGGUGUUCGUACAGAGCAGGAUCUUUAUGCACGACUUAUCGACUCCGUCACUAAACAGCCCAUAUCGUACGAGGGACAAAACAAGAACCCAGAAAUGUGCAGAGUUCUGCUCACACACGAGGUUAUGUGCAGUCGCUGCUGUGAGAAGAAAAGUUGCGGCAACCGGAAUGAGACGCCAUCUGACCCCGUCAUCAUUGACAGGUUUUUCUUGAAGUUUUUCCUGAAGUGUAACCAGAACUGUCUGAAGACGGCGGGAAACCCGAGGGAUAUGAGGAGAUUCCAGGUGGUCCUCUCCAGCACCGUGAGCGUAGACGGCCACGUCCUCGCCGUGUCUGACAACAUGUUCGUCCACAAUAACUCCAAACACGGCCGCAGAGCUCGCAGACUGGAGCCGGGGGAGUCAGUGGAGAAUACCAUGGAGUAUGCGACCCCGUGCAUCAAAGCCAUCAGCCCCAGUGAGGGCUGGACCACCGGCGGGGCCAUGGUCAUCGUCAUUGGAGAGAACUUCUUCGACGGGCUGCAGGUGGUGUUUGGCAGCAUGCUGGUGUGGAGUGAGCUGAUCACACCACACGCCAUCCGUGUGCAGACGCCCCCUCGACACAUCCCCGGGGUCGUGGAGGUCACGCUGUCUUAUAAAUCCAAACAGUUCUGCAAGGGAGCGCCUGGACGCUUCAUCUACACAGCCCUCAAUGAGCCGACCAUAGACUAUGGUUUCCAGCGGCUUCAAAAGGUCAUUCCCCGGCAUCCUGGUGACCCAGAGAAACUCGCCAAGGAGAUCCUCUUGAAGAGAGCAGCAGAUCUUGUGGAAGCUCUGUAUGGAAACCCACACAGUAAUCAGGAUCUGCUGAUGAAGCGUGCAGCAGACAUCGCUGAGGCGCUCUAUAGCGUCCCUCGUCCUCACAGCCAGCUCCAGGCGCUGCCCAGCUCACCAGCGCAUGGCAGCGUGAUGGGCCUGGGCUCAUAUCCUUCACAGCUAGGCGUCAGCAUCGGAGAGCCAGGACAGAGCAGCCAGGGUUACAUUAGAAACUCCAGCAGUUUGUCUCCUAGAGGUUACCCAUCAGCCUCCACUCCUCAGCAGUCCAGCUAUGGAGGCAGCGCAGGGAUGACUGGAGGUUAUGGGACGGUUCCUAUGACCAGCCUGGGAGUACCUGGUUCUCCUGGUUUCAGCAGUGCCUCCCCCACUGGCUCUCCUUAUAUCAUGCCCUCAAGCCCCACCAUACCAGGAAGCUCCAGCUCUUCUUCGUCUCUCUUGCCUUUCUCCUCCUUCCCGUCGGCCGCUAAACAGAAGAGUGCUUUUGCUCCCGUGCUCAGGCCCCAGGGCUCCCCCUCCCCUGCCUGCCCCGCCUCAGGGGGAAACAGCUUCAGAGGUAGCCACCCGACUCACUAUCUGACCCCGCUGUCUGAACUUACGAAUGCAGUCUAACCCCUUCUACUAACCACUGCAAAGCUUUGCCUGAACCAGACACAGAAACAGUUGCUGGAUGUACAAUAAUUCAAGAGCUGAUUGAUUAGAAUCAUAGAUUUUGUAUAUUUUUUCUCUUCAGCGAUGACGGGCCUGGUCGUUCCCCCGAUGUAGCAAAGCACCCUCCCAUACCUACCCCCGACCACUGCUUCACUUAGCCCCUCUGUUGGCAUUAAGAGGGCAGGGAGGAUGGAAAAUUGAUCACUAGUGACCAUGUUUAAAGUUCCCUCCUAAGCCCACUGCCCCAGCCCUUUUCUCAUCCUGGUGGAUGAACACUACGGGGUUAAAAAUAUCCAAAGACCAUCUAUCUUCUCCUGAGGCAGAGCAGAAACUUCCCCCACAUCUACAGGCAGACAGCUCUUUAGCUGACAGCACCUGACUGGACUGUUUACCGCCGUGUUUGUCUAGAAGUGUCUGCAUUUUGAAAGGAAACUUAAGGACGUUUGCAGCUGGAGCUUCACAUGCAGUACUCCAAAAUCUGGCCAAACUGCGAGCGGAGACGUACAAGAGAGCAUUUAAAACGGCUGGAUGAAGGAGAACUCUGAUGCAGGGUGCUCUUUGUCUGUGUAUGGACACCUUAAAUGGCAUGUGUGUUCACUGUCUGUGAGUUAGCGAGAGCUUUUUUUGUAGUAGACUUUUUGAAGACAAUUUACAUUCCAGAAAAAUAGACCCUUUAUUUUUUGUUCUGAUCUCUACAAGUUUUACAAGGGAGAACUCUUUGUCUCAAGGGUUGUUACUAAAGGAAUUCAUAUAUUGAUUUAUUUAAGAACAAGCAAUUUAACUUAUUAUAGUUAGUUUAGGGAAUAAUAUAAACGUGUUUUUAUAAAGUGGUCCUUUUCAAACUGUGGCUGAAUGAAGUUAUCGCAACGAUUGCUAAUUAAUUUGUCAAAUGUUCACAGGGAGUUGAUUUCUGUCAGAGGAAAAUUCUGAUGCACUACUUUGGAUAAAAGUUUUCAGGAUCUUGCAUAAAGGGAAAAAUGUUAGUUAGCCUUAUCUUUUUUAAUUCACUUUUAAUGCAUGCUUUCCCACACCAAUGCCCCAGUAUAAUUUCCCUCCUCAUUUCUGGUUUUGCUUUUAUGUGUCCAUAUCGUAUAGAUAUUGCAGUUAUCGUCUCAGCCAAGCACAGGUCUCCAGUCACUAUGCAGUACAGUAAAUGAAGCACAAACUGCAGCAGAAAAGAAGGCAUACGAGGUGUCCAUGAUCCCAUAUUAAGCUGUUCUUCCUCACUGAUUUCUCUCACAGCAACACGAAACUUCAUUCUCAGGAUGUGCAACACAAAGAGUAGCUGACAUUUGCAAAUUGGUUUGUAGAGUUUGGUUUAUUUUAUUUAUUUAAAAAUUAUUUACCGAUUUUUAAUAUUAUGUUUUUAAAGCCAUCUUUUUUGUUUUUGAAACGGUACAAAUAUGGUGCAAAUGUGAUUUGUAUAUCUUAAGGUGUAAUUAUAUUUUGUGCUCCAAAUAAAACAAAUGAGAAAAAUGUCA